GUGACUGAGUUCACGCCAUCCUCUAUGAGCGAAAGCAGAAGGUGCUCUUGGCCUUUCCUCCUCCUGUCUCUCUGUCGCUUCUGCAUAAAGAUGGCGGCGGCUAGGAGGAGUCUUCUGCAGAGUGAGCAGUUACCAAGUUGGACAGAUGACUUGCCUCUCUGCCAGCUGUCAGGUGUGGGUUCAUCCCCUAACCGUUCAUACACUGCGGAUGGAAAAGGAACAGAAACCCACCCCUUGGAGGAUAAUUGGCUGAAAUUUAGGAGUGAGAACAACUGCUACCUCUAUGGAGUUUUCAACGGUUAUGAUGGUAACCGGAUCACAAAUUUUGUGGGAGAGAGGCUCUCUGCAGAGCUCCUACUGGGCCAGCUGAAUGCAGAUCACGAUGAUGCUGAUGUGCGCAAAGUCUUGCUACAGGCUUUUGAUGUGGUGGAGAGGAGUUUUUUGGAGACCAUUGAUGAUGCCUUGGCAGAAAAGGCCAGCCUUCAGUCCCAGCUACCAGAGGGGGUUCCUCACCACCAGCUGCCAUCUCAGUACCAGAAAAUCAUGGAGCGGUUGAAGGUUGUAGAAAAGGAAAUCUCUGGAGGAGCCAUGGCGAUUGUGGCAGUCAUUCUUAACAACAAGCUUUAUAUCGCCAAUGUAGGAACGAACCGUGCACUGUUGUGCAAAUCUACAGUAGAUGGGUUGCAAGUGACACAACUCAACAUGGACCACACUACAGAGAAUGAGGAUGAGUUGUUCCGAUUUUCCCAGCUGGGUUUGGAUGCAGCAAAAAUAAAGCAAGUAGGAACCAUAUGUGGGCAGGAGAGCACUCGCCGCAUUGGGGAUUAUAAGGUCAAAUAUGGCUACAGUGACAUUGAACUUCUCAGUGCCGCAAAAUCCAAACCUAUCAUAGCAGAGCCUGAAAUCCAUGGAGGGUACCCAUUAGAUGGAGUGACGGGUUUUCUUGUUCUGAUGUCAGAAGGACUCUACAAAGCUCUGGAAGCAGCUCAUGGGCCUGGGCAAGCCAAUCAGGAAAUUGCAGCCAUGAUUGCCACCGAGUUUGCCAAGCAAACUUCACUGGAUUCUGUAGCACAGGCGGUUGUGGAUCGAGUGAAGCGCAUUCACUGUGAUACAUAUGCCAGUGGCGGUGAACGGUCCAAGUUCUGCUCUCGGCAUGAGGACAUGACACUCCUAGUGAGGAAUUUUGCAUAUCCACUUGGUGAGAUGAGCCAGCCCACAUUGACCCCAACACAAGGAGGCCGGGUUUACCCAGUAUCAGUGCCAUACUCCAGCAGCCACAGCACUAGCAAGACCAGUGUGACAUUGUCCCUUGUGAUGCCUUCCCAAGGUCAGAUGGUCAACGGUGCCCACAGUAGCUCCACAUUGGAUGAAGCCACACCAACUCUUACUAAUCAAAGCCCUACCGUGACCCUUCAGUCUACCAACACUCAUACCCAGAGUAGCAGCUCAAGUUCAGAUGGGGGCCUCUUCCGUUCCCGCCCCUCUCACUCUCUCCAGCCAGAUGAAGAUGGGCGUGUUGAGCCCUAUGUGGACUUUGCAGAGUUCUAUCGCCUCUGGAACAUGGACCACAGCGAAACGGGGUCACUGACUGUGUCAUAAUCCAAGGAGAUCAGCUCCUAUGAACUUCCAUAAGGUCGGAAAAUAGAGCCUGGUGAGGCAGGACGAACUGAUCACCCAGGUUAUCACAGUCUGCCUUGAAGUAUGAUCCUUUGCGGAUGAGGCUGACUUUCAGAGAGAUUGCUAAUGCAGUUUCUUGCUCGGUUUGUUGGGACCCAUGCAUGUACAUCAGCUCCUUUUCUGAUUGUCCCUACCACUGCAGACCUUGCAGGCACUAGAGCAGGUUGUGAACCUUUCCUAAAUCUUUAGUAUUGCAGUGACCAGGCAGGACUCUUGUGGAGAAGACCAUGUCUGCGGAGGGAUGACUCUGUAUGCGUGUGUGCUCACGCAGUAGCUCAAGAUUUGGUCCCGGAAAUGUUUCAUCAUGAUACCAAUUUAAUUCCAUGCAAGAUACCUCUAUUUUGCAGAAUAAAUUAUAAUUUAAA